AGAAGAUGAGAAGAAAAAACUAAAAUAAACACAAUACACUGUAAAAGAAUAAAUUCAAUAAAAAGCUGGUGGUCUGACUUUGACAACAAGACUCCACAGCAUGACUUCUCUUCAAAGUGGUAGCAACUUAGAGUUCAUCUACCGCCGCGGUGGUUUCGUUGGUGGUGGUAGUGGUGGCGGUGAACUAUAAAAUCAAUCCGCAAUGCUGGAAAACCCUAGUUCAGAUGCACCAGCUGCUGCUGGCAUCGCUACCGUCAAGCGAUACGCUCCUCCCAAUCAACGGAACCGAUCACUUGGCAGGCGCAAAUCUGGUGGAGAUCGACUAGAACGGGCAAACAGCUAUGUGAAUGAUGUAGAUAGAAACCCAGUUGGCGCCCCCAAAGGUGGUGGUCUAGCAGAUCAUGGGGAUUUAGGCUAUGCCACUCGUGCCAAUGAAAGUCUUCGUGCGAAGUUAAUACCUUUACAUGGGUGUUGCAACAGUGAAGCUUCUCAGCUGCUGAACAACCCUGCCAUGAAUGCACACAACAGUUUGCCUGAAGAUUCAUCUGAAAGGCCGGUCUUGUAUGCAAGGAAGAGUUCUGCACCAUGGGGUCACACAAUUCUUCCACACCUGCUGAUUCAACCUACCGGUGGGGCGUCUAGUGGGUUGCAGGGAGAUUUCUUAAAUGAACUCCGACAGGCAAUGGAUAAUGCAAGUCCCUUCUCCUAAUCCGUUGCUCACCACUUAUAUGCGAUUAACUUAGCAUUUGGUGGAUUUGAUCCUUGAGCUGUAUGACUAGGAUUUGUUGUAUGUGCUUUAUGCCAUGUUCCUGUGCUGCACCUUCCAAUGUAAUCUAUCUGCCUAGCACCAAAAUGUCGAAGAUGACUCAGUGUGUUACCUGCUUGUGUAUCAUAGGAUGCUAUAUUGCUGUUAAAAGUCCAUUAGGACCACGUUUCACCUUGUUAGACAACCAGAUCUUGUCUUAUUUUGAUCUAACAUUUGAUUAAAAACAAUUUUCACCUUCCUUGGGGAGGGGUCUUUAGAUUGAAUAUAAUUAUUUUCCUA